AUGGUUCGCGUUUUUAGCCCCCAUAAACCACUCCCGCCCUCCCCGCGGCUCCCACACGGCCAGCACUGUCCCUUUAAGGCGAGGCCGACGCCCCGCCCCCGCCCCCAUGAUGACCUCAUCCCUGCCUUGCUAUUGGCUGCUCGUACCGUCAGUCAGGCUGCGCCCGCCCCGCCCCCGCCCCUCGCCCCCGUUAGCUUCCCCAGGUGCUCGCAGCCCAUUGGUCAGCCCCCGUGCCGCUCACCUGCGCCUCUCCGCGCUGAUUGGCGGGGGCGGUGCGGAGCGGGCGCUUCCGCGGUUGCGAGGCGCCGGCCGGCGGUGGCGCGGCCGCGCUGCGGGAGUGGGGGCGGCGCCUCUCGGCGGGGCCGGGCGCGGGCGGGCUCGGGGCGAGAUGGAGCCGUGACCAGUGACUGCGGAGAGAGCUGCUGGCAUGGAAGUGAGCUGGGUUUGUCCGUGGGAACUGUGAGUAAGGUUGCCAUCACGAAAGCCAAAGUGGAUUUCUCCGGCGUGGUGUGCCUGCCCCCUUCCGUCAUUGCUGGAAAUGGGCUGGACGGAGGCGGGGCUGGCGAAAAUGAUGAUGAGCCGGUGCUGGUGUCCCUUUCGGCGGCCCCCAGCCCGCAGAGUGAAGCUGUUGCCAAUGAGCUGCAGGAGCUCUCCUUGCAGCCCGAGCUGACCCUCAACCUCCAUCAUGGCCGAAACCCCAACCUUCCUCCACUCAGUGAAAGGAAGAAUGUGCUGCAGUUGAAGCUCCAGCAGCGACGCACACGGGAGGAGCUGGUGAGCCAAGGGAUCAUGCCGCCUCUGAAAAGUCCAGCUGCAUUUCAUGAACAAAGAAGGAGUUUGGAGCGGGCCAGGACAGAGGACUAUCUGAAACGGAAAAUCCGGUCCCGUCCGGAGAGAUCAGAGCUGGUUAGGAUGCACAUUCUGGAAGAGACCUCAGCUGAACCCUCCUUGCAGGCUAAGCAGCUGAAGCUGAAGAGAGCCAGACUGGCAGAUGACCUUAAUGAGAAGAUAGCGCAGAGGCCAGGCCCCAUGGAGCUGGUGGAGAAGAACAUCUUGCCUGUGGAAUCGAGCCUGAAGGAAGCUAUUAUUGUUGGACAGGUGAACUACCCAAAGGUUGCAGACAAUUCCUCCUUUGAUGAGGACAGCAGUGAUGCCCUCUCCCCGGAACAGCCAGCCAGCCAUGAGUCCCAAGGGUCUGUCCCAUCACCGAUGGACUCUCGGAUUUGUGAGCCUCUCCCUAGCACCACUGGCACAUCACUAGCUCAGGGUUCAUCCCAGUUGCAGAUUAGUGCAGACUCCAGUGAGACUCUUUUCCUACCUGAGCAGCCACCCCCGCCUCUGCCACCUCCACCUCUUCUGCCCCCUAGUCUUACCAAUGGAGUGGCUCUUACUGCUGCCAAGCCCCCACCAACACUCAUUAAGCAAAGCCAGCCCAAGUCUGCUAGUGAGAAGUCUCAGCGCAGUAAAAAAGCCAAGGAGUUGAAGCCGAAAGUCAAGAAGCUUAAAUAUCAUCAGUAUAUUCCCCCGGACCAAAAGCAGGACAAGGGAGCUCCUCCCAUGGAUUCAUCCUAUGCCAAAAUACUGCAGCAGCAGCAGCUCUUUCUCCAGCUUCAGAUCCUCAACCAGCAGCAGCAGCACUACAACUAUCAGACGAUCCUGCCAGCCCCACCAAAGCCUCCAGGGGAGCAGCAGAGUAGUGCCGGUGCCCCUGCCGUGCGCAAUCUCUCUGCCACAGUCAGCAGUGCAUCUUCAGGAUCCUCUGGUUCCAGUGGGUUGAUGAGACAAAACAGUAAUGCUGCGGUGGGCAAGCCUGGCCCUCUCCCUGCCAACCUGGAUGAGAUGAAGGUAGCAGAGCUGAAGCAAGAGCUGAAGUUGAGGGCCUUGCCUGUCUCAGGCACAAAGACGGACCUGAUUGAGCGUCUCAGAGCUUACCAAGAGCAGAACGGUACAGCCGGCCAAACAACCUCCGCUCCCAAAUCCAGCACAGCAGCUGUCCUCACAAAAGCUGCUGAAGUGGUGGUAGCCUUCCCAGCUGCCAGGCUGAGCACAGGGACAGCCCUUGUCACCACUGGCAUUGCACCAGCAGAAGUAGUUGUGGCCACAGUCACAGGUGGCAGCGUGAUGAAGUUUGGCAGCACAGGCUCGACUCCUCCUGUUUCUCCAACUCCUUCCGAGCGCUCACAAAUGAGCACAGGGGAUGAGAACUCGGGCACUGGAGAUACCUUUGGAGAGAUGGUGACCUCACCCCUCACCCAGCUCACCUUGCAGACAUCUCCAGUGCAGUUCCUGGUGAAGGAAGAAAGCACCAAGUCUGCCUCCUGCAGCAUAAAUGCAGCACCCAGGUCAGAGCGGUGUAGCACUGGUAACAGCAGAGAUGCAGAAAUUAGGGACAAAGACCAGAUGCUGCAGGAGAAGGACAAGCAAAUCGAGGAACUCACCCGCAUGCUGAAACAGAAGCAGCAGCUGGUUGAGAUGCUUAGGCUACAGCUGGAGCAGGAGAAGCGCUCUCAGCAGUCACAACUGGCCCCAACGGCUGCGGGAGAAGGAGCAGCCCUUGCCUCCAAGCCAGGAGCAUUUGGCACCCAGGUCAAGAGUGAAAAUGGUUUCCUGAGUUGCCAGUUUGCGAAGCAAUCCAGUGGCCAAACAGACCAAUUCAGCCCUGCACCACCCGCUAGCCAAAUGGACACUUCAAAUCCAAGCCCAGUGCCAAAGAAAGCCGUGAUGGUGAAGCAGGAGGUGCCAGCCGCGGAAGCAGAGCCGUUGUGCCAGUCCCACAGCCCGCGGCUUUUCCUUGGCCAGCAAGGGAGCGCCCUAAGCGACCUCAUCAAGGGCACCCCUCCCCCCACCCUCAUCACUGACUCCACAGGGACCCACAUCGUCCUCACCGUGACCAAGCAGAGCGCCGAGAGGCAGGGCCUCUCACCCCACGGAAAGGCAGGGAGCAGCUGCCCGGCCUUGCAGAGAAUACAAUCAUCACCUGCUAAAACUCCCAGCCAAGCGCCCUGUCAGCCACCUGCAAGCACCCCCCAGCAGCCCCUGCAGCAGCAGCAGCCCAGAGGACUAAACCAAUCCAAGCCCUCAUCACAGCCCAGCUCUCCUGCUGCCCCUUCCCCAUCCCAGAUGGACCUGGAGCAGCAACAGCACACGCCGCUUUUUGGAACUCCUCCACCUGCUCUUCCUGUUCCCUCGGUCCCAGUGAAAGAGCCACCACCAGGCUAUGAAGAGGCCAUGAAAAAACAGCCAAAGGCCCAGGAGAAUGGCUGUUCCAGCCAGCAGAUGGACGACCUGUUUGAUAUCCUCAUCGAAAGUGGAGAGAUUUCUGCUGACUUCAAGGAUCAGUCAUCCCCAGCUGGGAAAGAACCACCUGUGGCCUGCUCCCCACCACCCAGCAGCCACCAUUCCUCAGAGCUGGCGGUGCCAGUGUCCUUGGGGCAGCCGGUGCUCGUGGGCCGGCUGGAGGACUUCCUGGAGAGCAGCACCGGCCUCCCACUGCUGACAGCAGGCCAUGAUGGGCCGGAGCCCCUGUCCCUGAUUGAUGACCUCCACAGUGAGAUGCUGAGCAGCUCGGCCAUCCUGGACCACCCGCCUUCACCUAUGGACACCUCGGAAUUGCACUUUGCUCACGAGCCAUCUGGGAGCAUAACCCUGGAUCUGGCUGAGGCUAACUUGGACAGCAUGGACUGGCUGGAGCUGCCAGGGGGGCCUGUCAUGAGCCUGGCUCCUCUGAGCACCGCAGCUCCCAGCCUCUUUUCCACAGACUUCCUUGAUGGACACGAUCUGCAGCUGCACUGGGAUUCUUGCUUGUAAUUCUGUGAGCAGAGACUGAAGGGAAUGGGAGUGGGAGGGCACAGGCAUGCAGGGGGAAGAGGCCAGUCAACCAAAAAAAAACAAACAAGGUCCCAGUAUUUGUACUCCUCCCCUAACAGUGUCCUUCCUGCAUGAAGCCGGCAGUGGGCCAGGCCAGGGCAGGGAGAACUGCUGCUGCAGGGGGAAGAAGCUGCAAGAGCUGUGGGGCUGGUGGCCUCCUGCCCACUCCAUGCAGCCUGACCCAGCCCAGGUGAGAGCAGAGCCGGCAGCCCCUCCUCCUCCAGGCAGGAGCAGUGAUGGCAGUGCAUUGCAGCCAGGAAUGAGUUCCCUCACGUGGGACAGAGCUGGGCCUGAGCUGUUUCCAGAAGCAGCACUCUGCACCUUUCUGGGAUUGGCAGAUAAAGGGGGUUGUGCUGCCCCAGCACGGUUGGUCUUAACGGUUGAUCUUAACGGCUGAGGAAGGGGAUCCUACCUCUGGAACAGGACACAAAAGCAGGAGAGCUGGCUGGGGGUCUGGAGUGGCUGCCCUCUGCACCACCUGCUGUCUGUCAGAGGAGGGUCUGAUCUGCCUCAGGGGUGUGAGGAGCUCGGCAGAACAGGCACCUUUUCUAAAUGUAGCCAAAGGGGGAACCAGGGUGACCCACCAACCUGGUAAUGUCUAAGCUGGUUUCCCAAAUAUUGCUGAGCUUUGCAGAGGCCUGACUGCCUGCUUGCUUCACUCACCUUGGGCUGCAAAACAGAUUUUUAAGGUGCUAAAAUGAGGUCUUUAUAUGUUAAAACCGCUGUCAGUCACACCCCAUUGCCCCCAGCUUCCACAGCACUUGUGACAUCCCCAGGUGAGCAGGGCAGUCAGGCUGUGGCAGGAGUAGGGACAAGAAAGCGCCUGCGUGCCCUGGGGAGCUGGUAAGGGGCACAGCUGGCAAUAAGCAACAUAUCAUUGGGGGCCACGUGCAAUCUGUUCUCCUGCCUUUGCUGUGUUGGUACCUCACUGUAGCAGGUGCCCCAGGGGAAAAAAGCAGCUGGGGAUAGAUGUCAGACCCAGUAGGUGAGAAAGGGGAAGUGGCACUGCAAAAGGGGGGUUGUAUGGCAUGGCACAGGUCCUGGCUCAGUAGUGCAACUGUGAGGGCCCCUUUCUGGGGAGAAGUGCAGGCCUAAAAGCAAAUACUGGACAGCUGACCUCUGCUCUUCCUUUCCUCCUGUCCCAUGGGGUAAAAGGCAAAAGUAAAUGGCAGCUUAGUGUGAGCUGGUGCCCUGUGUCCCUGCAGGGCCCCGGGUUGGUGCCUCGGGGUAACUGCUGAAUGAGGAGUGGGUGGAAAAGCACCCAAAGCCCUCCAGAGCCAUGAUGAUACUAUUCCCUGUGCGGGGUUCUGGGUUGGAAACCCAGGCCUGUGGCUCACUCUUGUGCGGUUACUCCUGGUAAAUUCCUCUGUUAGUAGUAGCUCAUGGCCAUACAUGUCCCUGAGCAGGUGGGACAUGGCUUAGGUGGCCCCAUGCAGCCACCUCGCUGCACAGCUGUCCCAGCUUUGGCACUAAGCUGGGUCCAGGCUGCUCUGGCUCAGUGAGGUGGGGGAAGCCAUAGCUUCUGAAAUCAUACACACUGAGGUACUGACCCUGCUCAGGCAAUGAAAGGAUCAGCCACCAUCCUCAAUAUCUGCUUGAGGAUGCUGUCCCAUCUUUCCCUUUCACUGGGCUGCAAUGCUUCCUGCUGGGGAGGGGUAGCUGUGAGCAGCCACAUGCUGCUCCCCUGCACCUUUGGUACAUGGGCCUCUUCAUGAGGCUGAGCCACAGGAGUGUUGGUACUUCUGCUCCAUGGAGGAGCAGGUGAAUGCCAGCCCUGCAUGAUGUGCUCUCCCUCAGCCAUUAAACUGGCAGCUGGCUGUAGUCAUGUCUGUUUGAGCUGGGAGAAACUCCUGCUUUCCUGAGCCCUAUUUGCUUGUUAACUGCAUGGGGAGCCACUUUCUUAAUCAUUUGCAGGGGGAGCCUGCUGGCAGCUUCCUUCCUUUCUGCCCCUUUCUCUCUCCUCUCCCCCCCCUCCCCGACUUGUAAGCAAGUCAGAGCCUCUUAUCUGCCUCCCUCAGUGUCUGGGCUGGGGAGGACACUGUCCCCCUUCCCCCUAGGCUUUCUGUUGCUCAAGCUACAGCAUCACAUCCUAAAAGUCAGAAUAACAGAGACUGGUGGGCACCCCUUCACUCCCCUGAGCCCUCCCUGAAUUCUCUCCUGGUGCAGCCCUGGUGCUGGCUGGGAGCAGUGAGUACAUUAGAAUCGCCUUGCAGAGCUCCCACCAGCUCCCCCCGAGGGUGGCUGCCCAGCCGUGGGACCAGGUGGGUGCAGGAGGCAAGGGGUUUCUUAGGAGGGCAAGUAUGGGUGAGGUUGGGAGGAUCUCUGAAAUGCUAAGGGGAAAAAGUGAGGCUGCCUGUUUGUCAAACUCUCAAGCAAAAUGAGGUUCUUUUAGCCCCCAGUUGCAGUAGCCCUCACAAAAAACAGCUGUGUGAUUUCCUUCAUACAAAUAAUUACAAAGCUGCAACCAGUAAAUAAAGAAUGAAAUUAUCAAAGUGCAAUGAGCUCCUAGAGGAAGGUAGGAGUGCUCCAGCUGCAGUCCUGGCCUGUUACCAAUUUACCUCUCCCCUGGGGUUGCUGGUGAAAAGACUGAGCAUACGGGUGCCCCCUUUCACCUUUACCCAUCCACCUGUCCUGCAGGUGUGAAACUGUAGGAAAUUAGUGACCCUGACUUUGCCCAACACACUUGGAUUGGCCGAUGGGCUGAAAAGGAGCCCAGACGAUACAGAACCAUGACCUCAUCUCUGGAGGAAUCCAGCUGACCUGCCAGAGCCUCUCCGCACAAGGGGCUUCUGCCAGGAGAGCAAGUGAUAACCCUGUGCCUGUGGGCAGAGGGGAAGAUGGUGCCUCAGCCCAGGAAAUGUUAGAAAGUCUUUUCCCCAAGCAGUGCCCAGAGCAGGCUUGCCCAGUUCUCUGCUUUCUUACUAUUAUUUGUUUGAAUAAUAGUUCAAUAGUUCUUUGUCAGAAGAGGUAUUCCCCUGGACAUACAUUUUUGCACCCAUUGGGAAAAAUGAAGUCUGAUGUUCUGCCUCUACCUUGAAUGUAAUCCUGAAUCUUUCUGCUGUAACCACUACUUGUUUGUAAUGUGUAUUUGACUAGCACGCACUCUCCCUCUUCCACUAUGCAGCAAACGGCGAGGGGUGAUCAGCACCAUCAGAACUGGAUGGUGUUGGGGCAUCAGAUCCAGAGCAAGUUUUCAACUGGAAAAGGAUAAAAGUGACAAGUUAAUGGGGGAGAGAAUCGAUCUUUAAAUUGAAUUAUUUUUUCAGUUACAAAUAUUUGAAAAAAAAAUCCAUUUUAUUAAAAAAAUUCCAAACAGCCACGUGCUCAAAAACUUCUCUGCUAUGCUGGUGGGAGGCCUUGGGGCCACUCUGCCUUUUCCAGCUAAGGGUGGGUUAUCCCUCUGGGUCUUUCUCAAAUGUGAAAAAAGCAGCUUAAGUGGUGGUGCCUCAUCCUUCUCAGCUGCAGGGAGAUUCCCUCAGUGUAUGGAAAUUACCUACCCUGCAAGCAGAAGUAGGUCUUACACUAGAACAGGGGCAGCUUUUACAGCCUCCCCCAGCCCAGCAGGCUGGUCUGGACCCCAGCUGGUGGUGAGGCGAUACUGCCUCUUCCACAGCCACAUGCCAAAUGAAAAGACUCACUUUGACAUCAGUACGGACUCUGCAACUUCCACCCUCCCAAAAGCUUGGGCUUCUCAACAGAGUUCUCCCAAAGGCCUGUGCCCUGUUACUGUCCCACUUUGCAGAUAAGACUUCACCUGCUUUUUCUGGAGACACCUGUACAGACAACACUGCUGUCUCCCCUACCCAGCCCUGCUUUCUGCCAGCCCCACUCCCUUUCCUAAGAGCCCUCCUCCUGCAGUGUCCCUACAACACCUAGUUUUCAGUCUUUCUUGCUUUUCUGGGGCUCUGCUGCAGGGCUGCACUUCAGGGAGGGCUGGUGGUGCGGACGCAAGGCAGGGCUGCCACUGCUGGCAGCAGAACUGCCUCUGCCCUGGCUGCUGCCUGACCUCGUGGGCUGCUCUGAUGCAAAGAGCUCCCUUGGUACCAGCACAGAUUGAGCAGAGACCUCAGUUUGAUGCUGGCAGAACCCAGCGCAGAAAUGGGGUCGCCAUUUUCAAGUGGCAGAAAUUAAAAACCUGAGUCCUGGCCCUGUCAAAAAAUAAGACAAAGCCCAGCACUCUCCCAAGAUGCAGUUUUUAUUUACAAACCCACCAAAUAAAGGAAAGUAAGAAUCUA